UAAUAUCAAUGUCAAUUGUUUCUCUGAAAUUACAGGAUUUCUUUUCGCCGAAAUAUGAAACGACCCGAAUGUUAAAAGAUAAACACGACAACAGAAAGGUGUAAUCUAAUUAAUAAAUAGAUUGGAGGACAUUGCAAUAAAGGCGUUGGAAAAAAUACAAACAAAAAGAGUCAAAAAUGAAGAUUGGAAUAAUCUUUUUGGACCUUUUUAUUUUCAAACAGCAUUUUUUAAAUGUUCUAUCUGAGGUGUCCGAAGAUUUUCGGAAUUGUAGACAUAGCUUUUAUCAAGAUACUCCGCCAUAUUUCAAUGGUUUCACGAAUUCAGUACAAAUUUGUCAAAGACAUAGAACAUCAUCGAAUCGUUUUUUUGCAAUAAAUUACAAUAGCGUCCAGAGAAUACCUCAUUACAGUGCUUAUUUGAUUGAUUCAUUUGAUACAGGUGGUAGCCGUGCCAAUUUCUGGUUUCUUGAACCACAGCUGGCAGACCGAACAUUUCCUCAGGAAAUAGUAAUAGAUAAUAACCAACCCAGGUAUAGGAAUAGCCAAGCAUUGGAUGCAGACUAUAAAGGCUGUGGAUAUGAUAGGGGACAUUUAAAUCCAUCCUUUUAUCACAGUGAAACUAAAGUGGCAAGGCUGGUUACAAAUAGUUUGACUAAUGUUGCACCGCAGGUUGCAGAUUUUAAUCAAGGGAUAUGGAAUAAGUUAGAAAAGUCUCUUUACAAUGCUAUGAAUGAAAGCUGUAAUUUUGCUGGAGCCAAACGAUAUUUUAUUACCGGCGUUAUCCCUAGUAGUAGAACGAAAAUAUCUAAUGACAGGGUCAAUGUUCCAGAUUAUUUCUGGACAGCGAUGUGCUGCGAUUCCUCUCGUGCAAAUGAUGCUACAGAAAGGAUGAUGGGUUGGUCAGCUGCAUUUCUUGGUGGAAAUAUAAUAAAUUCAUCAAUUUACGUUUACACAAUCGAAGACUUUCUCAAUUUUCUGGCUAGACAUACAUCUUCUAGACGUCCUCAACUGUUCGCCGAUUAUGCUAAUGCAAAUACCCAUAUCCGUAACUGUUUGUUCAACCAAACCCAAGCUGCGACUAUGGUAAAUGGCAUCAUACAAGAUAACGCAAGGUUUUACAAGCAAUCUCUUUUUAAUAGAAUUUGCAAUUCAGUGUAUUGCGCCGUGUUAGAUCGUCUUGGUUAAUACUGAUAUAUUGUUUUGCAUUCCUCCGAUAAUGACAUUACCUGUCAAUCUAAAAGUUGUAUGUUAUUGGUAAUGUGCAAUUUAUAUGCACACCUAUUUUUAUAUGUAUGCACACUAAAUAAAAUGCACUUUAAAGGAAUGUUUUAAAGGGGCAUUGGCUACAAUUUAAACAAAAAAAAUAAAAUACAUUUUUUUGUUUCAAACAUUUAUGAAAAGAUGAAUAUUGAAAUGAUAUUUUGCUAUUAACAGUCAGUUUGGUUCAAUUAGAUCAAAAUAAAAUCAAUCGCAAAUGUAUUAUUGGCUUGCAAGUCAACAAUUCAACCUAUUUUGAAUCUGUAAUCAUGUAACCCUAACUUGACCUCUAGCUGGAGAUGGGUUACGCAUGCCCUAAACGUGUUCAGUUAUUAAGAAAAAAGAAUAUCAACAUUGAAAAGUGUAACAACGGAGCCACCAUAAGAAAAACCCAUUUCGUUGACAUAUCUGGUCCACAAGAAAUUAUUCAUAUGCAGGUAAAACGAUGAUUUACAUUUUUUAAAUCUACGACAUGAAAUCUAACAGACAUGGAAAAUUACACAACUCCACGUGCUUGUCGGGUCUAUCUAUAUUUAUAUUCAUAUUUGUGUCUGUUAUGACUAUCGGCAGUCUUCAGAGGAAAUCUUGAUGGUUAAUUAGAUGGCGUCUAUCUUAAAAUACGCACGAAAUGCUGAUACAUUAUAACGAGUCUAUGCAUUGUAAAUUGUUUCUUUUGGACUUUUUGUAAUUUGGAUAAUGUUUAAAAGUCAAAUCGGUGAUCAUGAAUUUGACAACUAAUGUCCCUUUACGGUGUCCAACAAUAUUUUUCAUCUUUAAAUCAAGAAAAAGGACAAGGGUGGUAGGAAUACCAAGAUCGAUUAGGAACAGUCUUUCUACCUCAAUACUUUACACGCGAUCCAAAUGUAUAAACAAAUACAGAAACUUUUUCAGGCAGACAAUUUCUCCUUUAAUGGCUCCGUAAACUGGUAAAAAGUAAAAAGCGAAAAAGGCAUUCCAUGCUAAAACACAUAAUUAUGUUACUUUUUUUAUCUAAUCUCCUACGACACACCAACUUUACUGUGCAUUUUUAUUCACGUUAUUCUCUGAACUCUUUAUUUAAUUCAAUUCUAGGCAAUACAUGUGUAUAUUAUUAUAGAAAUAUAUUUAGAAAUAAAGGUUACAUAAAAGAGCAAAAUCCGUUUUCUGCUAUUGACUUUGACAUUCAAUAGCAUUGCUAAUUAAAGUCCUAUGGUCAUGAUUUAUGGACUACAAUAACUAUCCAAACUUGGUCAAAAUGUUUACAAAAUGUGUUUACACUUUUGAAUAUAUAUUGAAGCAGUAUUAUACCACCUGGAUGUAUUUAAUCAAAUUAAUUACAUUCAAAUCUGGAAAAGAGAUAUUGUUUGAAUUGUUUUGACACUGCUGAAGAUGAAAAUUAUGUUAUUUUACUUGUCCUUAACAGGAUUAUGUUGUUGAAACCUUAUGUACACUGUUGAUAUAAAAA